AUGGUCUUCCACCCUCCACCAUGGGUCCCGCAACUCCCGUUUGAUCCGCCCGACACGCUCUCCAUUCACGACUUCUUGUUCGACGAGAACUAUGGUCGCCAUCCCCUGGGCUACUCCUUUGCGCCAUUCACCUGCGGCCUCACUGGGAAGGAGUACUCGGCAUUGGACGUCAAGGACCGCAUUGAGGCUCUUGCCCGCGGUCUUUCCAAAGAACUCGGCUGGAAGCCAAACGAGGGGAGUGAAUGGGACAAGGUCAUUGGCGUCUUCAGCAUCAAUACGAUCGAUACCCUUACCCUGGCAUGGGCCACGCACCGUCUCGGCGGAGUUCAGACGCCCGCCAAUGCCGUCUACUCGGCACCUGAGAUCGAGUAUCAGCUCAGGGACUCGGGCGCAAAGUGUCUCUUCACCUGCCUCCCCCUGCUCCCCACCGCCCUCGAAGCCUGCUCCAAGGUCGGCAUCCCCAAGAGUCGCAUUUACAUCCUGGACGUGCCCAAGGAGCUCGCCGGCGGCAAGUCCGCACCAAGCGAGUACAAGACGGUGGACCAGUUGAUCAACGAAGGCCUGAACGCACCCAAAUUGGAGAAGCUGGAUUGGUCCGAAGGCGAGGGUGCCCGCCGGACCGCCUUUCUGUGUUACUCCAGCGGCACCUCGGGCCUUCCCAAGGGCGUCAUGAUCUCGCACAGAAACGUCAUUGCCAACACGCUCCAGAUCAAGACGUUUGACAAGAUCUGCAGAGACAAGAAGAUUCCCCCUGGAACACAGAGCGACUACACCGAGACUGCUCUCGCUCUGCUUCCCAUGAGCCACAUCUACUGCCUGGUCGUCAUCUGCCACGCCAGCGUGUACCGCGGAGACCGAGUCGUCGUGCUUCCCAAGUUCGAGUUCAAACCCUACCUGGAGACCAUCCAACGCUUCAAGAUCAACUGCCUGUAUCUCGUUCCGCCCAUCAUCAUCAUGAUGACGAAGCAAAGGCAGAUCUGCGACCAAUACGACCUCAGCAGCAUCGACGCCGUCUUCACCGGCGCAGCGCCGCUCGGCGAGGAGACGGCCGUGGAGCUCAGCCAGGCGUAUCCGAAGUGGGUCAUCCGCCAGGGCUACGGCCUCACCGAGACCAGCACCGUCGUGACCUCGACCAUCGACUUCGACAUCUGGUUCGGGUCCUCGGGCUCCAUCGUGUCGGGCAUCCAGUGCAAGCUCGUCACGCCCGAGGGGACCGAGAUCACCGGCUACGACCAGCCGGGCGAGCUCCUCGUCAAGUCCCCGGCCGUGACGCUCGGCUACCACAACAAGCCCGAGGCCACCAAGGAGACGUUCCAGGACGGCUGGAUGCGCACGGGCGACGAGGCCGUCGUCCGCAAGUCGCCGCUGGGCUACGAGCACAUCUUCAUCGUCGACCGCAUCAAGGAGCUCAUCAAGGUCAAGGGCCUGCAGGUUGCGCCCGCAGAGCUGGAGGCACAUCUGCUCAGCCAUCCGUACGUCAACGACUGCGCCGUCAUCCCCGUCCCGGACGACAGGGCUGGCGAGGUCCCCAAGGCCUUCGUCGUCAAGUCCCCCAAGGUCGGUCUGGAAGAGAGCGACAGAAUGGUGGCCAGGGCGAUCGAGAAGCACGUCGAGGAGCACAAGUCCCGACACAAGUGGCUGAAGGGCGGGAUCGAAUUCAUCGACGUCAUCCCCAAGAGCCCCAGUGGGAAGAUUCUGAGGAGACUGUUGCGGGACAAGGAAAAGGAAAAGAGGAGGGCUGCGGGGGCCAAGUUGUAG